AUGAAGGCGAUCGAAAAUUGCGACGAAAGAGUAAAAUAUUAUGCAGAUCAACUUACUGAUGUAAACUUCAUCGUUAUAUCAGAAGGCAGUCCUCUCACCGCUGCUAGUCUUUCCGGAUCGCUGGAGACCAUCAAUCUUUUACUCAACCGGGGAGCAAACGUCAACAUGGAGGUAGAGUACACGCCCUAUGGCAGCGCUCUGGCUGCUGCUGCUGCUACUCGCGGGUCACUCGAAAUCAUCACAGCACUUCUUGACGCUGGUGCCAAAGUGGAUAUGCAAUUGCACCGUUGCAGCUAUAGCAGUGCUCUUGCUGCUGCCGCUGCUUGCGGGCCAGUCGAAAAUAUCAAAGCACUUCUUGACGCUGGUGCCGAUGUGGAUAUGCAAUUGCCUGAGGGGAGCUAUGGCAGUGCCCUUGCUACUGCUGCUGCUGCUUGCGGGUCAGUUGAAAAGGUCAAUGCGCUUCUUCAAGGUGGUGCCGAUGCGAAUAUGCAAUUACAUUAUGGGGACUAUGGCAGCGCUCUGGCUGCUGCUGCUGCUGCUGCUAAUCGCGGGUCACUCGAAAUCAUCACAGCACUUCUCGACGCUGGUGCCAAAGUGGAUAUGCAAUUGCACCGUUGCAGCUAUGGCAGUGCUCUUGCUGCUGCCGCUGCUUGCGGGCCAGUCGAAAAUAUCAAAGCACUUCUUGACGCUGGUGCCGAUGUGGAUAUGCAAUUGCCUGAGGGGAGCUAUGGCAGUGCCCUUGCUACUGCUGCUGCUUGCGGGUCAGUUGAAAAGGUCAAUGCGCUUCUUCAACGUGGUGCCGAUGCGAAUAUGCAAUUGCAUUAUGGGGGCUAUGGCAGUGCCCUUGUGGCUGCUGCUGUUUGCGGGUCAGUUGAAACGGUCAAUGCGCUUCUUCAACGCGGUGCCGAUGCGAAUAUGCAAUUGCAUCAUGGGGGCUAUAGCAGUGCCCUUGUGGCUGCUGCUGUUCGCGGGUCAGUUGAAAAGGUCAAUGCGCUUCUUCAACGUGGUGCCGAUGCGAAUAUGGAAUUGCAUUAUGGGGACUAUGGCAGUGCCCUUGUUGCUGCUGCUGUUCGCGGGUCAGUUGAAAAGGUCAAUGCGCUUCUUCAAGGCGGUGCCGAUGCGAGUAUGCAAUUGCAUUAUGGGGACUAUGGCAGUGCUCUUGUUGCUGCUGCUAGCCGCGGAACCUUCAUGCAUUGCGAAGCAUUCCUCAAAGCUGGUGCCGACCCUAAUAUGCAGGUUCGCAAUGGGCUGUAUGGAAGUGCUCUCGCUGCCGCUGCCGCUGCUAACAGUGAGUUCAUUGACAAUGUUGUAACUCUCCUUCAGCUGGGUGCGGAUGUGAAUAUGCAAUUGCAUUACGGUGACUUCGGCAGCGCGCUUGCUGCUGCUGAUUCGGCUAUAGUGGCCUCGUACCUUCUUCAAGCAGGAGCGGAUGUCAAUAUGGAGAUCGUCCAUGGAAGCUAUCGCAGUGCGCUUGCUGCUGCUUUGCAUAGAUCAAGAGAUUCUAUCGAGAUUCUCUUAAACGCAGGGGCAAGAAGAGGCAUACAUCCCCUCGCCACCACCAUUAAAAAAGGCUCAUCCUCCUACGUGAGGUCGAGCUUGAAGGCAGCCAUGAAAACGGCGCAUGGAAAUCGCGUAGUUUCCUUUGAUUGGGAGUUUCCUUCCGUUGUUAACGGCAUAACUAAUCUACAAACACACAUUUCAGACAUGGGGACGUUGACAAGAACAAAGGAUACUGUGCUAUUGGCAACGUGUCAUGACUUUCUCCGGGGUGCAUAUGGGGACUUGGGAACGAGAGUGCUGGACGGAGUAAUGAGGGCUCUCGGCAGCUCUGAGGGUUAUUAUCUUGACAGCAACUUCGAAAUCCAGACUUCUUCAUCCCACAUUUAUCUACACGCUUCUGAUCAAACUCCGGAUGCACAGCGCAUUCUGGAAUGGAUUUGUCUCACCUUCCGGGAACAAAUUCAAUACACCCUAGGUGCUUCGACCAUGACAGAAUGGAGAAGUAGGUACAGUUUAAACGAUUUAAACCCCCUUCAAGAUGUUUCUGGGUCCAACGAAUGCUGGCAUCAACUCUUCGAAACUGGUGUUGUAGCUUUUGAAAUGUCUGAUCAACAGAGGCUUCCUUGUCAUGGACUGGAGUUGAACUUUAAACAACUACUUCGGCUCUCGGCGGUCGAAUAUCCUGUCGCCGUUGACUCUGGUCUUGUUCUUUUGGGAUACUCAACUUCACUUGUUCCCAUCAAGUUAACCGAUGAUGGAAAGCUCAUGUGGCAUUUGGAGGUUGCUACGGAUGACUUUCAGCUCGAAGUCUCGGACCUUAGAGCAACAAGGACAACAUGGCUACGCAAUACUAACCUGGAAUAUCUGCAAUCCAAAAGAGCUAUUCUAGGUUGGUGCUCAGAAGCAGAGACUCUCCUAGGUACCGAUCGUCUCGGAUUGAAUGUCACGAUGUCUGACGCAAAGAUAAAACCCACUUCCUGGCAUUGGAGCGGCGCAAAUUUGCAACUUGUGGCGCAGUCUGCAUCUCCGCUAGCACUGGGUGGCCAAAUGGGUUUAUCAUUCGAUCGAUGCAUCAACACUCUCAGGUUCAAUCCUUCCAACAACUACCUGAAAUGUUUAUCAAACAGCGCCAAGCAGCAAAUUGUUCUUUACGACGUAAAAGCAAAAAGAGCAUGGCUUGUAUCCUUACUUUCUGUGCUCCAUCAUAUGCUGUUGGUGUGGUCGAAAACCAUACACAAGGAUUUCAGAGCGGCACCCGCACCUACAGCACAACCCGGCCACAACUGCAAUAUAGCCUCGUUAAAAGCUCUGCGGGACCAAGGUGGACUCGUUCUCGAUGCCUCACAAGAUGAGGAUGUGACAGUUCGAGAUCUCAUUAUGGGAUUUUCGGUUAACCUAUCCAAGGCAAUACUACAGCCACCGAAGGGAUCACGGAUCUACGGAUACGAGUUUAUGGACAUUGUGAUGGACUCACCCGAGAGCGAGCUGAAGAAAAGCAAACUCGAAAAAGAAGGUCUAGCUUGGAUACCGCUUCUCCACAAAAUUAAAUGUCUCUUUUGCUCCGAUCUGGGCGACGCCAUCAUCGGAAAGCGCUCCCCAUUGCCUCAUUCGCCUUGUAACAGCAUGAUCAAGGGAUAUGAUAUGAUGGCAGCAUCAAUCCAAAGCAUCGAAACGAUCACUGUUGGUAUCUGGCGGGGUCUCCAUUCCAAGGAUGCCAACACGGAAAAGGGCAAGCCUCCUGUUGGAGCCAUCCUGGAUCUCUUGAACAAAUUCUUCAGGAAGUGA